AUGAUCAUGCCUGAAGCCAAUGGCUUUGGGGAAAAAUUUACUCAACUACAAUUAUACGUUCAAGACAUGCUUCAUGGCCCAACCCCAACACCUAUAAACGUUGCCAUGGCCAAUUCCACGCCCUCUUCACCGACGUUUUUUGGGCUUGUUGCCGUUCUGGAUGACCCAGUGAGAACUGGGCCCAGUUUGGAUGCCGAGAUCGUGGGCCGGGCCCAAGGGAUGAUUGUCUUCGCCUCCAUAGCAGAGACAAGCAUCCACAUGACAUUCGACCUCGUUUUUACGGGUGGAGAGUAUAAUGGGAGCACGCUCAAUGUGCAGGGACGAAAUCCAUAUCUGCGUGAUUAUCGAGAAAUAUCAAUAGUGGGUGGGACGGGAGGUUUCCGGUUGGCGCGUGGACACAUUGGGGUGAAUACAGUGUCGAUUAACAGCACGUCUGGCGAUGCAUUUUUUCAUUAUAAUAUUACCGUGCUACAUUAUUGA